UGUAUUUACGUCGUUCCUGCUGCAGACAGGUAGUGACAGACUUGUAAAAAUGCCGGAACCAGCUAAAUCCGCUCCUGCUCCGAAGAAGGGCUCUAAGAAAGCUGUCACCAAGACGCAGAAGAAGGGUGACAAGAAACGUAGAAAGACUAGGAAGGAGAGCUACUCCAUCUACGUGUACAAGGUGCUGAAGCAGGUGCACCCCGACACGGGCAUCUCGUCCAAGGCCAUGGGCAUCAUGAACUCGUUCGUCAACGACAUCUUCGAGCGCAUCGCCGGCGAGGCCUCGCGCCUGGCGCACUACAACAAGCGCUCCACCAUCACGUCGCGGGAGAUCCAGACGGCCGUGCGGCUGCUGCUGCCCGGCGAGCUGGCCAAGCACGCCGUGUCCGAGGGCACCAAGGCUGUCACCAAGUACACCAGCUCCAAGUAGAGCGUCCCGGAUCGUCAGUUUUAACCUAAAGGCUCUUUUAAGAGCCACCCACGUAUUCACUAAAAGAGUCGUUCACACUAA